AUGUCUGACUUCACGCCUACAAACCCUAAACCGUUCCUCCGCGACCUGAUCGACAAGCCGAUCGUCGUCACCUUGAAAUUCAACAAGACACAGUACAAGGGCAGGCUUGUAUCCACAGACAACUACUUCAACGUGCGAUUGAGGGACGCCGAGGAAGUGGUAGACGGCAAAUCCAAGGGCCCCGUCGGAGAGAUCUUCAUCCGGUGUAACAACGUCCUAUGGAUAGGCCAAGACCUCGAGCAAGGAUCCGCCGCGCAAUCCACGCAACAGACCCUGGAAUAG